CGAGUUGGUUUGGUUAUAAGCGUUCAAAUGUGGAGCGCGCACACGUCUUUUGCAUCGCUCUCUAUCAAUGAUAAAUCGUGUUUUGUUCCAAAAAACGAACAUUUUGUUUGAAAGUUUCAAUUUUUAUUGACAAUUUUUGUUUCUAUCUCGCUCUUUCGUCUCGCUGAAGUGUUUUUAUAGAAUGAAUUCAAUGUUUGUGUUUGAAUGAUCACGUCGAAAAUAUAUUUAUAUCAUUUUGCAUCAGUAGCUCAAAUUGACGACGAUCGUCUUUUUCUUGUUUAUCUAUGGAAUUGUGAAUAAUCAUCAAGAGUUUUUUUAUGACAUAUAUAAUUGGGCACACACUGUCACAUCAUACACAAUUGGUAAAAUUAGCCAGCCCAUUUUUUUUAUUGUGCGUUUCUUUAGAUCGGUGUGUGACUACGAAAUCCGGUUUAGCAAAUACAAUCAUUGUGAAAUUGUUUAUUAACAAAACAAAAUGUACACGAACGGAAAAGAAACUGCACAAAUUGAACUUUCUUUUUAAUCUCGUUGUGUUCACGGUGUACUUAAGCUUCGCAUCGUGUAUGCGAACGUAGCUAAAUUGCAAAACACAAAAUUUAUGUGUUUAUAAUGAAUGAUUGAAAUUUCUUUUCCAUUAAAGUAUACAAAAAAUAUACAAAAAAAAAAAAAAUAAUAAAAUAAAAUAAAGUGAUUGUCUUGCGAAUGCAACAAACAUCGUUCGCACAGGUGUAUUUUUCCAGUAGAGAUCACACAAUGGAUUCAAAAGAUCAUAACGUAAAUGAGAACAACGUAAAAAGUGAAGUGAAAUAAACCACAUUUUAGCUGAAUUUUCAACCGAUUAUUACGUUUUUCAACCGAAGCGACAAAACACACAAAACUUUCCAAAGUCACUGAAAGAGCAACUACUAGAGCAAAAAAAAAAGAGGUAAUAACCUUCUAUUUGGACUUUGAAGUUUCUGUGCAGACGAAAAAGAAGAAAGCAAACAAUGUAGGACGAUUUAAGAACUAGGUGAAAACGAUUUAUUCUUUUUUCUCAAUCAAGCGCAAAAUAUUUUGUGAUCAAAGGAAGACACGUAUGAAAAUUAGUGUGACUAAACAUGGUAAUCAUGCGACAGGUGUACAAUGAAAGCAAUUUUGCCAGUUCAUUUCACGGUGUUUCAUCAGUGACAGUUAAAAAAACGAAAACAAUGUCAUUAUUUGUGAUUAUAUUCGGGCUUGUCGUUUGGCCGUUAUUUGGCACUAUCGACGCGGCCAAAACUCCGUCACCAGUCUAUGUAAAUAAAUGUUGCCGCGUUGGCGAACAAUUGGAGCAAAAUAAAGAGUGUUCGUUUGGCGGUACAAAUGAGUGGUGGCCAGUGAUAUAUUUAAUUGCAAAAACUGAUUACUUUAGACCGCAUGGUGAAGCGCCACGUUUUUUUAAAGUAAAUGAAUCAUUUCGCCCCCGUUGUCAAUCACCUGAAUUGAUAAAUGGUGCACAUACGAUGGCACUUUUUUCCAACGGCACUCUUUAUCUUGCCGAUCGCGGCGCAGUCAUUGGAAGUGAGCAUUUUUGUGUCGACAAAGAUGUGGCACUUGUGUGCGGCCCAAAAUCACAUAAUGCCGAUUUAGUCAACCAAACCGAUUUAGUCAAUCGAACGAAAGUUCGUAAAUGUUGUUUAGAAAAACAAGUGUAUCAGAAUGAUAUUGGGUGUGUGACACCCCGGGACGAACAUGAAAUUAUUGAACGGAAAUUAAUAGAAAAUUCAACAAAUCCGAUUGAAUAUCAAUAUUACGGUUUUCCGCAGUGCAGCAAAAAUAGCAAUAACAAUCCAUAUGCUAUAAUCGGGAAAUUCAAUGAAUCUACGUUUGAUGACAGCAGCGGCAAUUUGACAUUGUCCGAGGGUACCUUCCAAUCUAACCAAUACUGUUUGGAACAUUUCAAUGACACUGGCACGGCAAAUGUGCACGUUUUCACGUGCAUAGAAUAUCUACCGACCUCUGAUAAAUCGGGAAAGGGGGAAUCGAGAUUGGCACUGAACAUAAUUGGCUGUGCGCUAUUAAUAUCAGUUGUAUUUUUGAUCGCAACACUCGCAACUGGAUUUCUACUGCCAACAAACCAUCACGUCUUGCAUUGGCGAUGUCAAACUUAUUACAUUGUUUGUUUAAUAGUCGGUGACAUACUCCUCGCCAUUGUUCAACUAUCCGGAAACGCAAUCAAGGUUAAGAGCACCGAAUGCAUUUCGAUAGCAAUAAGCGUACACUUCUGCUAUCUCGUCGCGUUCUUCUGGCUUUCAAGCAUGUGCAUAAAUAUAUGGUGGACUUUUCGUGAUUUUCGACCUUCAACAUUGGAAAAGGUGCAAGAAAUGGUGCGAUUACGUAUUUAUCAAGUUUAUUCAUGGGGCUGCCCGCUGUUAAUAAUGACAAUUGCCAUCAUUUUGGACAAUUUACCGAAUGGCGACUUCUUACGACCACGAUUCGGACAAACACGAUGCGGUUUUGAUGGUGACAAAGAAUUGCUGGCAUAUUUCUAUGGACCGGUUGGUUUCUUGCUAUUCGUAAAUUUAUUGCUCUUUGCAUCGACCGCACGACAACUAACCUGUGGAUUGUGGAAACGUGAUGAAGUUAAAUCGACAUCGGAACGAGCUGCCUUGGGUCGUGUAUGCAUCAAAUUGGUCGUUGUCAUGGGUGUGAGCUGGAUCUUUGACUUACUAAGUUGGAUACAUGUAACAUUGGAUGGUAAUCGUCAUGCAUUUUGGAUUUUUCCUGAUUUGAUAAAUGCACUCCACGGUGUCUUUAUAUUCAUUGUUGUGGGAUGUCAGCCUCAGGUGCUGAUGACGAUCAAACGUUUUUGGUGUUCGAAAGUGGGACGAAAUACAGUCAACACCACAAAUGGACCACAACAUUCAAGUUCAUCGCAGGGCUUACCGUCGAUCGGAGAAUCAGUCACCAAUAAUACAUUUACGAAUAACUCAUUUACUGCCCAUACAAAGGCUCCACUUGAAACUGUAUGUUAAUCUUAUCAAUAUACCUGAUUUAUUAUCAAAUGAAUACGAAGCUGAAUAAAAAAAAAAA